AGGAGUAGGCCUAUCAGAGUUCACUCGUGAUUAGGAGUUUGUCCUGCACUCUAUGUGGACCUAAUGACUCCUGAAAAGGAAAGCAAUGGACUGGACAACUUUGCCUUUGCAGUGGAUGGAGCAGAACAUUUCUAUGAAAUCCCAGAAGGCAAAGCUCUGUCUGGGGAGAACGACAGGGACAAGCUCGUCUACUGUGUGACGGACGUCCCUCCAUGGUACCUCUGCAUAAUCCUGGGAAUUCAGCAUUGCCUGACAGCGUUUGGAGGGAUCAUAGCCAUCCCGCUGAUCCUGUCACAGGGCCUGUGCCUUCAGCAUGACGGUCUGACCCAGAGCCACCUCAUCAGCACCAUCUUCUUCGUCUCAGGGCUCUGCACACUACUCCAGGUCAUAUUUGGAAUCAGGUUGCCGAUUCUGCAGGGCGGGACGUUCACUCUUCUGGCGCCUUCCAUGGCCCUGCUGUCCAUGCCAGAGUGGGCGUGCCCAGCCUGGACCCAGAAUGCCACGCUGGUCAACACCUCGUCUCCCGUCUUCAUCCAAGUCUGGCAGAGCCGCAUGCAAGUCCUGCAGGGCUCCAUCAUGGUGGGCUCCCUCUUCCAGGUCGUGGUGGGCUUCUCAGGCCUCAUCGGGCUCUUCAUGCGUUUCAUCGGGCCCCUCACCAUCGCUCCCACUAUCUCUCUCAUCGGCCUCUCGCUCUACGACUCGGCCGGCAUGAACGCAGGCAACCACUGGGGCAUCGCAGCCAUGACUACCUGCAUGAUCGUCCUGUUCUCUCAGUACCUCCGACACAUCCCAGUGCCGUUUCCCACCUACAGCAAAACCAAGAAGUUUCACACAUCCAAGAUUUACAUAUUUCAGAUUCUUCCUGUGCUCCUUGGCAUCACGCUCUCCUGGCUGGUCUGCUACAUUCUCACCGUCACCAACGUCCUGCCCUCUGACUCCUCCCAAUACGGCUACCUGGCACGCACCGACAUCAAGGGAGACGUCAUAGGCCGGGCACCUUGGUUCACCUUUCCAUACCCAGGGCAGUGGGGGCUGCCAACUGUGAGCUUGGCUGGCGUGUUUGGGAUCCUGGCAGGGGUGAUAUCCUCCAUGAUUGAAUCUGUGGGCGACUACCAUGCAUGUGCCCGCCUCUCUGGGGCCCCUCCUCCACCUAAACAUGCCAUCAACCGGGGCAUUGGCAUGGAGGGCUUAGGGUGCCUGCUGGCUGGGGCCUGGGGAACGGGCAACGGAACCACGUCCUACAGCGAGAACGUGGGGGCCCUCGGCAUCACCAAGGUGGGCAGUAGGAGUGUGAUCAUUGCCAGUGGUUUCCUAAUGAUCAUCAUGGGCGUCUUUGGGAAAAUCGGAGCCAUAUUUACUACGAUCCCCACACCUGUAAUCGGAGGCAUGUUCCUGGUCAUGUUCGGAGUCAUAGCCGCUGCGGGAGUGUCCAACCUCCAGUACGCUGAUAUGAACUCCUCGCGCAACAUUUUCAUCUUUGGCUUCUCCAUGUUCACUGGACUGGUCAUUCCCAACUGGAUAUUCAAAAACCCCACAGCCAUCGCGACAGGGAUAGUUGUGAUUGACCAGGUGCUGCUGGUGCUGCUGACCACCAGUAUGUUUGUUGGGGGUUUCUUUGGGUUCAUCCUGGACAACACCAUCCCAGGGACCAAACGUGAGCGGGGCAUCAUCGCAUGGAACAAAGCUCACGAGGAGGACUCGAAUGUCACCAUUGAAAGCGACGAGGUGUACGGCCUGCCCUUUAACCUCAGUGCCCGCCUGUCCUCCAUGUCCUUUAUGCGCUUCAUCCCCUUCUGCCCAUACCACAGCCCAUCUGCGUGCACCCCUGAGAGCUCGGACAAGCUGGACGUCCUCAAGGAAGCUGCCAAGAAGGACUCCACACAUAUCAUUGCUUCAGUGGGCCUAUAAUGGCUAUGGCUCCCCCCUGUGGUGUGGGCUGCUAUGGCAACUCAGGCAGCUGACUAGGAAGUUCAAUUCUGCUUGAAAGGAUCCCUGGUCCAAUGUGUUUAACUUAGUAUCGAUGGCAUAUUUUGUUUUUUUUAUCCUUCAUGGACAAUUGCCAAGUUUGUGUCCUGGCAUUAUAGAAUGUUGUUUUGAAGUCUUUUUGGUAUAGGAAAUUCACUUUCACUUUACAUUCACAGUCUUUCCUCAGCAUAAAAAUAUAUACUAUACAUUUUUUAUAUAAAGUUACUUCUACACUAUACAAAUCAUUUGGUUUUAGUGCUUUAAAAUAGCCAGAAUUUUAACAUAACCUACUGUAUCUGGCACCUUGGAAAUAAUUUCCUAAAGCAAGAUUCAGGAUAUGUCACUAAUGCAAUGAAAUGUAAAGUAUAUUGUAUAGUUAUAUAAACAUGUAUGUGUUGUCUUUUAUAGACUUUUGGAUUAAAGCCGAUUCUUGAUAAA